GCUGUCUACACUCGUAGCAAAGUGGUGAUUGGUGAGGUUAUCUGUGUUCUCAUUUAAAACUUUGACACCUGCCUGCAUGAACGUAACAACAUUAUGGAGUGUAUAAGAAAAAGAUCACUUUGCCAAUGUGUAUUUCAGCUUGAUUGACGAUUUAUCAAGUUUCAGAGACAGAACUUGUAGAUGGACAUGCAGAUGUAACUUCUCUAUUAUAUGGUCCGUGUAUGAACUUUAUGGAAAGAAUGUGUGAUAAGCAUUGGAAUCUGGGCUGUCUGUAAGAAUAACAUGCAUAAUGUGAUUUAGUUCAGGCUGCCAUGAGAAUAAGAUAUUCAUUCUGCAUAGGAUUAAAAACAUGGCUGCUACAGAUUUGUUGGAUUAUUCAAAUGAACAAGGCUUAAAUGUUGACUGCACUCCAGAGAGGCAGCAGGGAAUGGGAAGCUUAAGUGGAUCUGGCCGAAGCAGUGUUCGAAAAUCCGGAAAGUUACGCAAGCUGUUCACACCCAAAGAGUUGCACAGUGUGGAUGAAAAUACUGAUAUCAGUCCUGAACCAUGCCUUAAAAGGAAAAGAUUGUCAUCAAUAUCACAUACUGCUACUGUUGCAAAUGGAAGUUAUAUUGAUUCAAGUUUUGAUGUUGUAGAUGUAACACCCGGCAUAAAUGGAUUACAGUCACUAACGUUUCGAUCACACUUAAAUAAUUACUCUUCUGUACCAGUAGGCAACCUUAAAGUUACACCAGAAUCUAUGCAACAUUGUGAUUCAUUUAAUAAGAAUGAUUCAGAAAGUUUGCCACUGUCGCCUGUAAGUAUUAAAAUGUAUGAAAAUGGGAAGAAGAUGGAAAAAGUUGGAAGGAAGGGAUUAUUUUGUAGGAAGGGAAGUAAGUCAUCAGGAGUUAGUGGUAUCACAAGCCUGUCGGCAGCAAAGACUUCCCAUGCUACAAGCAGUAAGUGCAGUGGUUCAGUUAUUGGCAAUUCUUUAGAUACAACAGGUAGAGUGCAUAGGAGACAAACAGAGAUUAUUCACCACACCAAGCAGAAUGGGUUAGGUAACUUCUCAGAAUUGAUACAUAAGAUUCCUUGCAGAACUGAGGCAAUUAUAAGUCCUCAGAAGUCUCCACAAUGCAAUGAAGACGAAGAAGAACUUCCUCCCACUCAACCUAUAGCCAGCCUGUUACUAAGAGGAGUUGUUGCCUAUGCGGAGGUUAGGUCAGGAGGUGACAACAGAUCCAUGGGAAUCAAAGCUCACUUGAGAUCACUUGGUGCAAAUGUGAGGGACAAAUUUACAAAUGACGUUACCCAUGUGGUGUUCAACGAAGGUCUGUUAUCAACUUACAAGAAAGCGAUCAAGAGGAAAGUGCAUCUCGUUUCUGUGUCAUGGAUUGAGGAGUGUAAAAAUGCACAAACCAUAGUAUCAGAAAGGCUGUAUCCCCCUUUUGAUAUGGCAAAAUAUGAAUCUCCAAAUCUUUUAAAGAAGUUCAGAAAAGCAAAAUCAUUGCAACCUGAUUUUGAAAAUGUAGAAGAAAAAAUUAAAAAAAGACGCCAAAAGAAGUUUGUCUCUGAUAUAAAGGAGAAUGAACCAGAAAUUGAGCUGCUGGAAGAACAUACAUGCAAAAAGCAGAUAAAAGUGCCUGAAUUUCUUCAGAAUGUUAGUAAUGAAAAUGGACUUGUAAGGACUUUAUUGAGUGUAGCUGAUAUUGGGCCAGAAUAUGAGAAGAUUGUUAACAGACCUGUGAGUCCAACCCUGAGUGAGGAGGAAGAUUUCUCUAUUCCCCUUGCAGUCCGCUUACUUAGAAAAAUUCUUACUCCCCAGCCUAGUCCAGAAUUGACCUCGUCAAGAGAAGGAGCUGCAGAUAGAUUAAAAAUGGCAUCUUCGGUAGAUGACAUGAGUAUUUCCCCUGGAGCAUCCAAUAUUCAGGAGACCCCAAAGAGACAGUGUGGGCAAGAUCUUCAGAGAAGAAACAAAGUUCUUCCUUGCAGUUUUAUGGAUGGCAAAGAUACUGAUACAGCUGAUACAGGGGCUGAAGUUGGUAUAAAUAAUUUUAAUGUGACUACUCAAAGGAAUAAUUUGUCUCAGUCCUUAUCUGAGUCUCCAGCACUCAGCAGAUCUGGUAAAGUCUCAUUAGCAAAACCAGUGAGAAACAUUCUUUUAUGCAGUAAAGACAGUGGAGCAAAAAAUGACAAAUGCAAUAUGUCUUCAGCAAAACUCCAUACUACCACUGGCGGUGUUGCAGACAGUAUGAUAAAAUCUGGCAAAAAUGAAGUUCGGAAGGGUGAGAAAAGAAAACGGAGUACAAUGGAAAAUAUUAUAGUUGAGAAUUCAGAUUACAAAUCUGGUAAUCAGUGUGAAAAUCAUCCAGUUAACACUGAAAAUUUAAGAGCUGGAAUGUUUUCUUCUGUAUCUAUGAACAAGGAGGAUCAGUUUCCAGAUGAUAUGUGCGGUGGUGCCACAGUAAGUAAAAUAACUUUGAGGAAGAAAAGGAAAUUGUUACCUUUGCAACAGCUUAAUUCACCAGACAUGUUAGAUGUUUCUGCAGACACAGAAGAAACUUGUGUUCCAUCUGUGCAGUGUCCAUACACACCAGAAGGGAAGACUACUGGAAGGAAGAAAAGGAAGACAUUGCUUGUUGCAGGAGAAACCAGUGCCAUGGAGUUGACAUCUUGUGUACCAUCCACUUCAACCCUGAAGGUACUGAAAUGCAGCAGACAGAUUCAUAAGAAAUUUGAUUCCUCCUCAAAUGAAAAACAUGAAUUUGUGAGCCAAGUAUCUUUAUCCUACUCUAGAAGUUGCGUGGAUGAAUUUAUCAGAAUCCCUGAGCUGCCAGCAGUGGAGAAGCCACACAAAAUUUUAGAGAGAAAAUUGCCAUCACUAGUGUGCACCGGUCUACACAGACAUGAAGUGGAGGUUGUGGCAUCUGUGGUCGAGAAGUUGGGAGGCUUUAUUAUAGAAGCUAAUGUCUCUGAAAAGACCACUCAUGUUGUCACACAAGGAUCAAGGCGUACAAUAAACCUGUUGAAAGGAAUUGCUAGGGGCUGCUGGAUUGUCCUGCAGGAAUGGGUGCUUAAAUCUCUGAGUGCUGACAUGUGGUUGGAAGAGGAUGAAUUUGAACUGGCUGAAUUCUCCCCAGCUGUCAAGCAAUGCCGGAUGCAGAAAUUGUCAUUUGGGCCUGUGUACAAACUGGACUUGUUCAGAACUUGUGGUGCCAUCUGUGUGAGUAAGAAGAGUGUACCACCAAAGCGAGUCUUGGAAGAGUUAAUCACAUUAUGUGGUGGGCGUGUAGUGCCUGCAAUUCGUUCUGCUUGUUUAUUGGUGGGGAAUGGUUCCUGUACUCGGCAUGAACAUGUUAAGCAUGUUAAUGAAAAGUGGGUAUUGGACUCCAUACAAUUCAAUUCACUCAGACCAGUGAGUGAAUACACAUUAUGAGAAAAAUAUUUUGGGUUGUGGGUGGGAAAUGACGUGUCAGAGAUUUUAGUGUACGGUUCACUGUACUGUCAGAAUAAUGCUUAAAAUGGGUAGCUCUUAGUAGGUCAUUAAGAAUUUCAUUUGAAUCCAGUGUUGAACUCUAUAAAGAUGGUAAGGGGUCAGCUUUACAUUUUGAUUUACCAUUCCCAGGAAUGUUAGUUGUAUUCAUUUCAUCCGGUUGAUUUAAGUUAGAUAUGCACCAUUCUUUCUUGUCAAGACCAAGUGAAGAACUGAGUGUAUGUACUGAAAGAUAAUAGAUAUCUUUUUGGAAGUAUUUGUGUAUGACUGCCAUAACUGAGUUAAAUGAAAACAUGCAGUUAUGCUGACUUACAUUUCUGUCUCCCUUCCAGUGCUUGAUAUUUGAAUUCAUUUAAGAAAUGAUUUUUUCUCCACAUGAAGAAGUGAUAAAACAGCAGUCAAAUGACUAACUGAUAAUAAUUUGUUUACUUAUAAAAUUGUAAUAUUUUGAUUCUUAUUAUUGUUUUUGACUGCAUGGCAAUGAGUCUUGACUUUGUGUCACUUUGAUUAUUUAACAUUGCUGUCUUACCCUAAAGUGAGUUUCAUGCAUGUUAGAGAUUUUCAUAAAAUACUCCGUAUUGAGUGGAACUUAGUGUCUGUUACAGUUUUGAAAAGAGAAAUCAAAUUCAGUUAUUUAGUGCCUUUAUAUGUACUAUUUUGACUUCAUAUUUUAAAUUGAAUAUAUAAGGGAGUAGCAACCAUUUUCAGUUUAAAAAAAAUCGUACUCAAAAUAUGCAUUGCUGCCUUAAAACAGAUAAGACAAAAUUUAUCAGUAUGUAAAAGGAUUUAAAUUUAAAUUGAGAGAGUUUCAGCUGUUAUAAUUAUAGCUGUAGUAAAUGAGAAACUGAAGUUUAGAAAAUGCACUACUUCCUCACACUGAAGUUUUUUGAUGGGACAGUAGUACACAGCAGGAGUGUUAAUUAACUUGAAUAGUAUUUGAUGUAAUCUCUGAUUGAGGUUCCAAGGCCAUGUGCUCUGGUCUAAGAGAAUUAUCUUUAUUUAUGUAUGGAAAAUCUGCUGUUUUCUGUAUUAAUAAUGUGUUAAUAGAAUUGUGUUGCCAGUUCUGGAAGCAUGGCUUUUCUUCAGGGUUUCUUGUUUGUGUUUUCAAACAAAAUAUUUGAGAUUGUGAGUAAGUGUUUGAGGUUUGGUAAUAUGUUUCUCUGUGUGUGUGUAAGUAAGUCUGCAGUAUUUGCGUCUGUAAUUUGAAUCUUAUAUUUAUUUGAGGUCUGUGGUUAGUGAGAGAGAAAAAUAUACAAAAAGCACAUAUUUAGUAUUAAAAUUAUAUGUUGUAGAUUUCACGGAGUUUUCUCUUGUUCUCUUCACUACUUGAAGUACGUGAUCACUAACAGUUGUAGCUAGGACGCUGUGGCAUCUGCAGGAAGACACUGGCUUAAAGCCUCUUCAUUUUCACUUACUUGGUGUAAUAUUAUCAUCAUAUGGUAAUAAAAUGAAAAAUUCAUAACAUGUAAGUAGUGCAGAGAUGGUUUGAAAUAUAUAAUAAAUUGAGGAGUGAUAUUGGAUACUGGAUAUCCAAACUGUUA